ACGAGUGAUGGCCGCUGCGAGCUCCUUUCUCUCUCUGUUCCCCAGAUCGAGCCCUCCUUCCGAAUUGCCAGCCCGUUUCUCGUCUCAUCUGCAGAGGAAGCUUUCCGUGAUCCCUCGCGCGGCGAUUCCCUCCUCGAACCCCUCGCCGCCGGUGACGGUGGAGCCUCUUCCCCAGAUCGAGCUCGAGUUUUUCGGACCAAAACCCAGGCCCGAUGGAGCAUACCCAGUCGAGAGGGCGACCGCGAUCAGUGGAGAGAAGCUUCUCCGCAACAUUAUGCUCGACAAUAAGAUCGAGCUCUACGCCGCCUAUGGGAAGGUGAUGAACUGCGGGGGCGGUGGGAGCUGCGGUACUUGCAUUGUGGAGAUUCUUGAUGGCGAGGAGCUUCUUAAUGAGAGAACAAACACUGAAAAGCGAUAUCUGAAGAAAAAACCUGAAUCUUGGAGGCUCGCCUGUCAAACUAUUGUUGGGAACAAGGAGAACUCGGGCAAGGUAUGCUGCAUGAUAAAUACCAAUGCUUCAACUCUACUGUGUGUAUAUAUAUAUAUAUGGGGUUUCAUUUCGUUCCAAGUUAAACAAUCAAAUCAAGAUAAAAGAGUUUAAUUGGGUUCCACGAAGGAGGGAGCUCCUUCAUUUCUGACAAGAAGUGGCUCCCUCUUUUUCUUUUUUUAAGUUUUUAGUUUUUUUUUUUUUAAAUAAAAAUAAAAAUAAUUUUUGAGAGAAUGUGAUGUUGAGAGGUGAGAGAUUUAUGAUUUUUUUUUUUAAUGUGACAUUUAAGGAUUUGGGAUGUCCUAAGAGUAUUCACCAUCGUAAGGUAGAUCCGCUAUCUUAGCAGUUCUCCUAGUAUUCAUCUCAUGAAUAUAGAAGAAGAUAAAUAUAAAUAUACAGGUUAUAGGUACAUAGUGGGGUAAAUUUUAAGUCGUUACCUUUUGAGAAUCGAUCUUUCAUCAUUACGUCAAAAAAAUCAUGCGUCUAUUGUUUGAGUUAUAUCCUGAGGAUAUCAUUGAAGGUCAUAGAGCAUCCUUCCAUUAUUAAUGUAGUUUAAGUGAUGAGCUUAUAGAGCAUUCUCCCAUUAUCUAUCUAGUUCAAGUGAUGCGUCUUUCAUUUAUGAUAAAAAGUUGCUCUCCUUCUUAGUUUUUUUUUUUAAAAUAAAUUUUUAAUAUUUUUUAAGUUUAGAUUUUUUUAAAGAAUAAAAGUAUUAAAAUAUUAAAAAAUAAUCAUUUAUGAGAAAAUAUGAAACGUAUCAAGAAGUUAUUGUGAUUUUUUUUAUUAUAUUAGAGAGAUGGAUAAGGUUUUUAUUUUUUAAUACGGUAUUGAAAAGAGUUCUUGGAGAGUUUUCACGCAUCUAUUUAUUAUGGAAAAAAUCUCUCAAUAUUUUCUUCAUGUCCAUCAUGGGAGGGAGCUCACUCCAUGUUGCCACGUUGAGUUCCCGGUGCCUUAAUAUUCAUUUCGUUUCAAGCUAAACAAUCACAUAAGAUUAAAAAAAAAAAGUUCAAUUGGGUUUUACAAAUUAUAAUAAUAUUUGAGUUGAAUCCAGAUUCUGAUUGGCAAGUCGUAAACCAAACCACACUGAAAAAUCGAAAUUAUCUACUUUAAAUAAUAAGGUGUAUAUUUGCAAUUUGAAAUGUGUUGUGACUAAAUUAAUAUUCAUGAACUUAUGUGUUAAAAAUAAAAAAACAAUUCAGUUUAGUGAUGAUUUUUGAAAUCGCGGUUUGAAAGAUUAAAAAAAAACUUUAUUAGGGGAAAACCAUACGUAAGUGAAUUUCUGGCCAUUUUUAUUCUUUGGAGAGCUUAUGCUCGAUGAUUCUGACUUAAUUCGUCAACGCAUCAUCUAACGUUCGUUAGUUUUUGCGUGCAGGUUGCUGUUCAAAGAAUUCCCCAGAGGAAAAAGUAAUUUUGAAUACAGAGCACCUGAUUUUUAGUUUUUUUUUUGUUUUUUCAGAUAACUUUGUUUCUUUUUCUGGUAAAAUCGCACAGAAUGUGCAUAUAUUGUUUAUUGAAAAUAAAAUUUUAAAUAAAUAAUUCAACCAAAUUAAUUAA